AUGUCUGUCCCAAGUUCAGUCGAACCUAGGAACCCAGAAAAUGUACCCUGUAUCGAAGAGUUUAAAGACGGCCUCAAAAAAUUGACAGCGAAAAAGGCGUUUAUAGAGUAUAUGACUCAAUUGGCAGAAAAUGCGGCGACCGAUGCAGAUGUUAUUUGCAGAUUGAUCGAAAGAAAACUACUCAAUUCACCGAAAGAAGCCAUAGUCUACACCAUCUAUCUCAUUGAUAGUAUCAUCAAAACUCUCCAUCCAUAUAAAACUUUGUUUGCUCCAAAGAUUUAUGGGUUAUUUGUUCAUGCCUACACCACUUGCAGCGCAAUGGAACUUCGUGAAAAGUUACAGGCGGUAUUCAAUUCAUGGCGAGACCCCCCGCCUCAGUUUUCAAUGGAUAUAAUAAACAGGAUCGAUCGAUUUCUCACACAGGCUUCUCAAGUCAGCGAUAGGGAAAGGAGAAAGGCGUACUUGACUCCCGAUGGAUUGUCAUACGAAGCAAGGGAGUGGAUACGAUACACCAUGCACUUGGAUUGGAAGUUGAGCGUAUUGGAGGCUGACUUGGAGCUCCUCAGCGAAAGAGAAUUGACGUUGUACAAAUAUUUUCAAAGAGAGAGAAACAACGUAGUGAUUCGGAUCAACGAUCUUUUGGAUUCAAUUACGGAGGAUAUGAGACCGAAAUCAAUAGGCGAGCAUAUUGUACCUGUGAUUAUCCAGAUACCAGACGAGUUCAAACUCCAUGCGGCAAAGUAUGAACAGGACUUGCGCGAAAUAAAAAUUGCAUUGGACAGGCUAAACCAACGACAAGACGAGUUUGUAUGGGAUAUUCGAACUCAUACCGAAUCGCUUAAGAAGGAUCAGGCAAUAAAAGAUGCCAUCAGAAGUAAAAAAAUGAGAUUCGAAAAUUUUGUAGCAGAAAACGAGGUUGUAAUUUGUUUUACUCCUAGAACCGAGUACUUUCCAAGCUCCUCCAAGGAAGCAGACUUUGCAGAUGUUAUCAAAAAUUUUGGAAAACGUGUUGUUGAGACAGAACCGGUAAGAAUGAUAACUAAUGGAGAAACAGCUGGGCAAGUUGCAAAGCCAGUGCAGAAUCGUGAUUCUGUUGGACCAAAGGGAGAGAAGGUCAUUAAAAUCAAGAAGGAAGUUACGAGUGAGUCGUUCAAUCCAACACCAGCUAAUGACAUGUUGGGGUUAUUUGGAGGCUCUAGGAGCAAUCUUUUUAACAAAACCGAUAUUGACAGUCGAAAUUUGAAUGCAAAUGAUAGCCCAUUGUUUGGUUAUCAUGGUGAGACGACAAAUAGAGCAGCUGAAGAACGUAAUGAUUCCUUACAUAGCUCUCGUGUGGAUAACAAUAGGUUUUAUGAAGCUAGUAAUAAAUCACAAGAGUCAGUGGAUACAAGUGAUAUAGAGGUAGCUUCAGUGAUAUCUUCUGAUGGGGCCCACGAAGAUGGAAUCCUGCAAGAACAUGACACAAAGUUAGACGCAGUUGCUGUCAAAUCAGAUCCAAAAGAAGGCUCAAAACUAGCACCAAUUAAGCUUGAAAAUGAGAGUGAGGUUGAUUUGGAUUUCCCUCAAUCGAGGGUGGAAAAGGAGAAUGAGGGGACCAAGACUGUCUUGGAUAGUAUAUGCGCCGGCGACCUAAACCAACCUGAUAUUCAGCAAUACGAUACGAGACCAAAUUCAAAUGGACAAGAUGGCUGGCGUCAAGAUGUCGAAGAUGAUUGGCAUGAUCCAGAGAGUGUUUUCAACGAAUCAGCUCAUAACUUGCAGCCGUUAGAAGAUUCUAUACCGGUUGAUAAACAGGAGCCAAAUGACAACCUGGAGAAAGUUGACGAACAAAUACCACUGACCGAAGAAGGGUUAAAUGCGGAUAAUCCCCGGAUGGCUGAGCAACAGCUUAGUCGACCAUAUCAGGGUCCAGCAUUCAAUACUGGCCAACUUUUAAGUAGGGCACAUAAUUCCUCACGAACAAGUACCACCAACACAGCUCAAAUACCAGAUACAGAGUCACCGGAGAAUGAAGGGUAUUCAGAUAUACCCUUGAGCAAGCUUAAGCCAACAGUUUCCCCUCAUGUAUCACACGAAUAUUCAAGUCAACACGAUGCAUCAUCUAGAAUACCAUUCGCUAAUUAUAGACCACAUAUACCGCCUCCUCGACCUUCACCACCCCCAUCGGAGUCCCAAUCGGGCACAGCUCCUGAAAGCUCGCCAUCGGAUUUCAAAGAACCAUUGAUAGCCUUUAGGCCUCCAACACCCCCAAAUACAUCGCAUGCACAAGUCAAAUCAAAGGGUUCGUCAAUUGAAUCAGAAGAAAGGACACAUCAUCAUAAUUCUUUAAAGAGACCAAGGUCAUCGCCAGGUGUGGAGGAAAGCUCCCCAAAACGAUUAAUGUCGUCGUUUUCCCAUCCUCUAGCUGCUUCAGUAUCUGAUAUAGAUACUUCAUUACAGGAUAAAGUGCAACUUCCAUUUCAUGAGUUUCCUCCACCACCUCUACCACCAUCGCCAUCGCCAGCGCUGCCGCCUGCGGAAGAUGAAACAUCACGCGAAACCAAAGAAGCUCACAAUGCAGACCAAGAUUUGAAAACAGAGUUACCAGAGCACGCUAGACCUGAAUAUACAAGGAAGCUUAGUCUCAGUGAGUUUAGGCAAAAGAUGCAGCACAGUGAUCUGCAUGCUAGGCCAACAGCGUUGACGACUAUGUCAACAAUUGCUCAAAAUUCGCUGUCUAACAAAGUGGCUAAAAUUACACAUACGCCCACAGUUUUAAAGUCGAUCCUUCGUGAUCCUAAAAGAGGGGAAACCAGGGCGACCAAGAGAGUUAGAUGGGACCCGGCAUUAAACGAAUAG